AUGAGGUAUAUCCGCACAAUGUACCUGGGCAUCCAGAGUCGACGGCAGAAGGAACACAGUCGGCGCUUCUACUGGGCGAUGAUGUACGAGUAUGCUGACGUCAACAUGCUCCGGCUGCUGGAGACGUUUCUAGAGAGUGCCCCCCAACUGGUGCUACAACUCUGUAUAAUGAUCCAGAAGAACCGGGCCGAGACACUACAGUGUGUCUCCUCCGUUGCCUCCCUACUCUCGCUGGCCUGGGUCCUGGCUUCAUACCACAAGCUCCUGCGCGACUCCAGAGACGACAAAAAGAGCAUGAGCUACAGAGGCGCACUGAUCCACAUCUUCUGGAGGCUUUUCACCAUAUCCUCACGGGUGCUCUCCUUUGCCCUCUUCGCUUCCAUCUUCCACAUCUACUUCGGCAUCUUCGUGGUCGUGCACUGGUGUGCCAUGGCGUUCUGGAUAGUGCACGGCGGCACGGAUUAUUGCAUGUCCAAAUGGGAAGAGGUGCUCUUCAACAUGGUGGUGGGCAUCGUCUACAUCUUCUGCUGGUUCAACGUGAAGGAGGGCCGAACCCGGUUCCGCAUGGUGAUCUACUACUUCGUGGUGCUUGCCGAGAAUACGGUGCUUACUUGCCUGUGGUACGCCUACCGAGACCCGGUCACCACCGACUCCUAUGCAGUGCCGGUGCUCUGCGGGGUUUACCUGACCUUCGCCUCAGGGGUGGUUUUCAUGGGCAUCUACUAUGGGUUCCUUCAUCCGAUGGGACCUAAAAUAAGGGUGCUAGCUAGCUCCUGUUGUGCCGAGCUUCUUUGGGGACUUCCAUUCCCCCCGGAGGCCGAGCCCAUGGUGCCCACCCCUGGGCCGCGAGCGUCCCAACCCACUCCCAGCCGGGCUUCCAUGGGGGCCUUUGGCCAGCAGGACGACACCUCGGCAGACACCUGCCUGCCCGUGUUUCAGGUGCGCUCACCCGAGCCCACCACUCCCUUGGGCCGCUACCGGCCAGAGGGACCUCUGAUAAAGAUCGACAUGCCCAGGAAACGCUACCCGGCCUGGGACGCGCACUUCGUGGACAGGCGCUUGCGAAGGACGAUAAACAUCCUGCAGUUCAUCACGCCCGCCACCGUCGGGAUCAGGUACAGGGAUGGACCGCUGCUGUACGAGCUCCUGCAGUACGAGUCGUCCCUGUGACGUCUGCCACGUUUCGCGAAAUGCAUGCCAUUUUGGUUUCCAUAUAAAUGCAUACUUGUGUGUAAAAGAGUGUAAGCAUCAAGCA